UUUUGUGUGGCAACAAAGCAUAUGUUGUGAAGUAAAGUUGCAAAUUUCUCACUGAAAUAUCGCCCCUUAUGUAUAUUAUUUAAUCGCAGAUAAUUACUAUUUGCCUCAUUCAUUUCCAAAAUAUCAUUACCGCCCUCCAUAAAAAAAAAAAGAAAUUAAUAGUUUACACUGGUUUACACUACAUAAUGAGUCUUCGGUGUAUAUUAGUAGUAUCGAUUGUGGAAUCAAAACUUCUUUUUUACAAAAUAUUUCCUACUGUUGAGAAACGUUGGCACAAGGAACACCCAAACUUUUCCAGUCAUAACCUACCAAAUGGCCAAGAAUUGCUUGAUCCUUUAUUGAAUGAACUUGGAAUCCUAAACCCUACUACAUUUCAGUUUACAAGGGAUUCUUGCCAAAAAAACUUACAAGCACCUCUUUUUUGGGUUCCAUAUGAUUCCAACUCUCAACUUUUUUGGCCUGUGGUGGUUGUUGAGUGCCAACAUAAUCGAUUACUGUGUGGUGUUCCCUACCUAGACCAACAACUGCAUCCAUUUGCAAAUCAACAGUCUAUGUCUGUUGUAAGAUCAUGUGAUGUGGUCAUAGUUUUAGAACUGCUUUCCAAGCUUGUGCAUGUUAUUCAGCUUCCUCUUGUCAAGAUGAGUGAUCAGUUGAAUAGAACAAUCCAGCAAUGGCUACCAUUUGGGAGAGCCAGUGGACAACAACAGUUAGAGCUACUCAAUAAGUCAGCAACCACACAAAAAAGCUGGUUGAGAUCAAAACCAAAGAUUGAAGUUCAAGUGAAAGAAGAAGUACGGAUGGUCGCGUCGAAUCUUUCAGUCAGAGCAGAAGUUUAUGGAACGAUCUACUUUAUAAUUGAACAAGAUGUGGAUUGUUGUCAUAGCAUUAGGCUGGAAUUGGGUUUUAGUAAGUUACCUGGUAUACCAUCAGCACUCUUUCAUUCAAGUGCUCUUGUCCAUUGGGAGAAAAAUAAUUGUACCAUAAACAUUCAGCAACUUCUGGAAAAAACAUUUCCCCUUUGUUAUUACAACUUCUCCUUGGAAGUCCCACCUAUUCAACCAAUUUUAAAAAUUAGAAUGGGGGAACUCGGCAAGGUCUCUAUUUUCGUUCAAUUGCACAUCAGUGCUACCAUGAGGAAUACGCUGAAUCGCUUGGAAAUUCGUUUAUCUAUGCCAUCCGGAAAUCGUAUUGCGCGCAUUUUGACAGUCAUCAGUCCUGGUUUAGUUUCAGUCAUUAAAGACGGCUCCCAGCUUCUGUGGAAUUUAACUCCAAUGGUAUCUUCAUCGAAUGCAAAAUUGAAAGAGGACUUAACGUUAAACGUAGACGUCGUGAUGGAGAGACUGGAUGCAUCUCUCGCCAAUACUCAAGCCAAUAUCGCUUUUACCUCUACCAGUUCUGUGUCUGGAGCAUAUUUGUCCUUGCUGCAACCCACAGAAUUCAAACUAGUGACAAACUCAGAGCUUAAGAGCUCUUCCUAUCGUGUAUGGAAUCAAGAGGCCACAGAAUUUGUCUAAUAUUUUCAAGUAAGCUCGUAUACCUAUAAACUUAUAUUUAUCGGAUGGUUUACGCGUUCUAACAUCAAGCUCAUCCUGAUUUCUCUGUGGUUUCAAGUUUGUUAACCAAAUUUUUAUCUAGAAAAAGUUUGAAUACAGUGUGGGUAAAAUGUC